CGCCCCAUUGUUAAGAAAGAAAGUUUCUAGAGGCGUCUCGCUAGGUAACGCUUCGACGGCGAACGGAUAGUGAGUCUGAAUUUUCCGGCCGGAUACGACGGAUAUUGAUCGAAGAAGAACCCUAAGAGUUAGGUUUCGAGGUCUUUGACAAUGGCGGAUUCCGCUGAAGAAUUUGAGCCCUUGUUCGAUUAUAGCCGUGUUCAGCCUCGCUCCGUUGUUUGUCUCGAUGACGAGGAUUCAGACGCAGACAAAUCUCCGGCACCUUUUUCAAAGCGAGUGAAGAUUGUAAAUCCGGCGGCUACGAGUUUGGUGGAUAGUAACCCAAAGGAGAAACAAGUGGAAAUUGAAGAUAAAGAGGAAGAUUGGUUACCUCCUCCACCUAAGGUGUUAGUUGAUGCAGAGAAUAUGUGUGGGGAAGAUUCCACAUUGAAGGAGUUAAGGUUAAAGAAGCAAGAGUUGGCCUCUGUUGCUUUAUCUGCUAAAAACUUGUUGCGAGAAGUCGAGGAAUCUGCAAAAGUAGAUGUUGGAAACAAGCCCGACUCCUUGGAGCCUGAUUUGGAUGUCCAAACUCCAAUUGCUUCUAAAGAAAGAGCUAAGAUUGUUAUUUCUGUACGAGACAGUGACAAGGAAGAGCUCAAACAGUUUCGCCUGUUUGUGGAUGACAAGUUUGAGCGACUUUUCAAAAUGUACGCAGACAAGCAUAAAAUCGACCCUAAGAAUUUGAUUUUCGUUUUCGACGGGGAUAAAGUCGGCCCAGACGAUACCCCAGUUAGCCUUGGCAUGGAAGACGAUGAUAUGAUCGAAGUGAACAUCAAGUCAAGUUGAGUAAGGUGUCUUUUAAGUGUAUAUUUUGUGAAUUAGUUCACCAGUUUUGGGGACGGGAGACUUGGAAAAUGCCAAAUUCAAUACUUUGUACCAUAAGAUGAACAAAUCGCUUAUGGAAGGCUGUGAAGGUUCCUUAUUGGCAAGCACAUUGAGAUCAAUGAAAAAAAUAAAAAUGAUAUCAAAUUCAUCUGUAA